AUGGCAAAGGUGAUAAAGAUGACACUGCAAGUAGAACUGACAGGAGUAGCGCUACGCAAGCAAAGACUACAAUCCACUUCUAAGACUUUCAAUGUACAAACUACCGUGACUGGUGACCAUAACAUCACCGUGACAACUGGGGACCAUUCAGUAGUUAACAUCUACCAGGAACCUAACUCAUGCUCACAAGACUCAAGUGACACAGCAAGCAAGCCAUUCCCACUGGAGAAAUGUCAAGAAGCUCUCAAGAACCACUACAAAAAGAGACGAGGCAAAAUCCAGCUCCUACCAUGGAAUAAGGACAACACCAUCAAUGUCGAUGAUAUUUUCACCAGUGUAGAUCUCAUGGUUCACAACAAAUGUGGCAGAGACUUCAAAAGGGAACCAGUGGACUCUAUAGAAGACAUAUUCAGUAGUAGAGCAGACUGUCCAUAUCCCCAGCACAUUUUGAUAUGGGGUGCAGCAGGGAUAGGAAAGACCACCAUUCUAGCAAAACUGGUGACGGUUUGGGCAAAUGAGUCUUCGGAAGCCUUGAAGAAGUAUGACCUGGUCUUUGAGCUUGCCUUGAGAGAGGUUAAGAAAUCACAAUCGUUAGUCGACUGCAUCUUUGACCAGCUGCUACCAGAUGAUGUAGACUUUUCCCAAGAUGACCUCUUGGAGUUCAUCAAAGAUAAUGAUAGAGUUCUCAUCAUUCUAGAUGGGUACGAUGAGUUUGAAAUAGAUUUGGGGUCUGAGGAAAUCCACAGGCUCCUCAACUACAAAAUUCUGCAGAAAAGCACUGUUGUCGUCACCACAAGACCAACACGUAUCUCUGACGCUGUCAACCUAAUGGACCCAGAUACACGAGUAGAGAUUGUAGGUUUCAGUCCCGACAACAUUGUUUCCUUUGUUCGCAACUGGUUCAGCAAGAGCCCAGAGCAAGGACAGGCACUGUUACAGAGAAUCAGCCCCACAAUUCUGCACACAGGAAUCCUGUCUGUGCCUUUCCUUCUUGUCCUAACUUGUCUUCUUUGGGAAGAGGACAGUAACAUUCCAGUAAGUGACCAAGUUAGCCCACUGUAUGAUCGCCUAGUAGAAUACCUGUCAAGAAGGUACAAGACAAAAGACACAAAUCCCCAAACUGCAGAAGAGAUUGAACAAACAUUGGCAUCACUAGAAGAGCUAGCAUUUGACAGUUUGCUAAAGAAUACCCUUCUCUUUAGUGAAGAAGAUGUACAAAAGUAUUGCAAGGGUGGAUAUGAAGCUCCCGUACAUUUGGGACUCUUGCUAAUGCAGAAGAACUCAUCUAAACUGGACCCUGCAAACCAGUUCUCAUUCUCACACAAGACCAUGCAGGAGUAUUUUGCAGGGAGACAUCUUGCAAGCAAACUACAGAAUCAAGACGAUGCAUCAAGGAAAGAAACACUCUGUCGCUGCUUUCCAGAUCUGAAGAGCAUCCUGCAACUCAACAACUUACUAGUGUUCACUUGCGGAAGGCUUGGCCAAGACGCAAUCUUCAUCCUCUCACACCUUGAAGACAUUUUUAGCACUUCCAAUGUAAAACACUUGGAGGAUGAGUUCUACACCUUCUUCCACAAAGCAAUGUUUCCAAGGAGAUGGAACACGGACGUAAAGUUGGAAGGCGUCUCUGACAACCAAGGCAAGGAAGUAGAGUUGCGGUGUGUUGGACAAUGGAACGAUUAUCCACGUGAGCUCCUUGUCUACCAAAACAGUAUGGAGGUUUUCUUGCUCUGCUGCUACGAGAGUGGGCACACAGAAAAUUUUGACGAAGUGCUGUUCAAGAGAAACACCAUCCAGUUCUCAGGAGCUGACCCGCGACUGUACAGCGUGCUGUCACAUGCGGUAGUGAAUGGCAAGGAAAAGGUCGAGAAGCUCUGUUUGGUCAACACGCAACAGUAUGUCCUUGGGAGUGUCCUUGAGCAGCUGCAUGUGCUGUCCAACCUCACUGAGCUGAACCUGCGACAGUCACGACUGGGACAGCCAAAACCUGAGUGCACUACACCUGACAGACUAAUGAGAAAGUUUUCGAUAAGACAGCUGUCAAAACAAGUAGAUAACGUAUAUGUGGAAAAAGCACCUGGUCUCCUGGCCAAGCAUCUUCCAUCUUUAAGACUUCUGAAGAAGCUGAUCAUCUCAUGGAAUGACCUUGGACCUGAAGACAUGAAACAGCUCCUUCCUGCCAUUCAACAGUUGAAUGACCUUGAGGAACUCUUCCUCUCAGGAAAUGACCUGACCAACCUCGGCAAGGAUGUUGCUGACCUUGUGGCUUCUCUACCCAAGUUGAAAGUCUUCAAAGUGUACUUCUGCCGGCUGUGCUUGGAGGAGCUGUUGGAAAUAGCCUCCAGUCUCCAACAACAAUGUCCAGACCUGGAGCUGUUCGACUUCCAGUUGAAUCCAGUCAAGAUGGGAGAGUCUGCCGUGAUUGGGGAGGAAGAGAAACAAGCAGUUUGUGAAAAGUUGAACAGUGGAGUGAAAGUAUGUUGGGAAUCCAUACAGAUGUCUUAG